CACCGUUUUACUCUGCUGACACGACUGCAGAAAAAAAUCAUUCGUUUUCUCUGUUGCGGCGUCCAUUAGUCGGUGAGGUUGCUCCUGUGAAAAUCGGGAAAAGUGGUUGUUUUAUAGAAAGUGUUGUUUGACCUUACACCAAAGUGUGUAAAAUUUAAAGUUUAAGAUUGGCCAUAGCAAACCCGUGUAUCGCCGAAAGAAAACAGUUCCGGAAAGAGUUGACGCGUAGCAUAUCGCAAAAUGCCGGCCUCCGGAACAUUCAAACUGUUCAUCGGCAACGUCGACGAGAAGACGCAACCCUCCGAUUUGCGCCCGCUCUUCGAGAAGUAUGGAACCGUAGUCGAGUGCGACGUGGUCAAAAAUUACGGUUUCGUGCACAUGGAAAACGAGGAUCAGGGCCGAGAUGCGAUUCAGAAUCUGGACGGGUACGUGGUCAACGGUAAAGCAAUCAAGGUGGAAGCAGCCAGGAACCGUCGCGCGCCGAACGCAAACACGACCAAGAUUUUCGUAGGCAAUUUGACCGAUGUAACCCGCGCUCCGCAAGUUCGCGAACUGUUUCAAAAGUACGGUACCGUCGUCGAGUGUGAUAUCGUGCGGAACUACGGGUUCGUCCACCUGGAUCCCACCGGCGAUGUAAACGAAGCGAUCCGUGAACUCAACGGUAUGAUGGUGGACGGACAACCUAUGAAAGUACAGGUGUCCACCAGCCGGGUUCGGCCGAAGCCCGGAAUGGGCGAUCCGGAGAUGUGUUACCGCUGUGGCCGCUCGGGUCACUGGUCCAAGGAGUGCCCGCGUCUGCUCUGGUCCGAAAGUAGAUUCCGCGAUCGACCGAUGUACGCAAGAGAUCCGUACCCACCGCCGCCGCCGCCACCGUUCCUUCGCGAUCGCAUUAUGGAUGGAUUUAGGGACACCUUUGACUAUUACGACCGGUACGAUGACCCCAGAGAUCUGUUCGAGCGGCGCUACGGAAUCCGUGGACGCGACUUUCCCCCCCUGAGAAGCCGCGAGCCAAUGCCACCGAUUCCGCCGCUGAUGCGCCGCAGUGCGGUGGAGAGCAGCCGCAGCAGCAACUACGACUCCAUCUUCAGUCGCCGUACACCGCCGCCGCCGAGCCGCAACGGUAGCAGCAUCAGUCGUUUCGGAGUAUACGAAGACUUCAGCCGGGACUCGUUCGAUGAUCGGCGACAGGGCUUGCGUGGACCGUCGCCCACGCAUCGGUACGCUCCGUACUGAGACGACUUGCAUCGCAUCGGGAACGCCGGCAGCAUUGGGCGAUUGUUGCGGUCCAAUACAUACUAUUAUGAGACAUGCUGAGUAAUCCUGAAGAGGGCUUGAUACUCGGUACAGGUUUUUAACACAGUUUCAUCUGUUAGGACACGAAGCGCGUUUCUACGUUUUGUAUUCCCCUAUUUAAAUAUUGUCUUUUAAGUUAACCAACUUAAUCACACAAAUCACAGCACAGCGCAAUAUUAAUGAAAACAUUUUUAUUUCUAAAAGUCAAACCAAUUGAGACAUCGGCACGUAGGUUGUGCAACUAUAUAAAUACUAUUAAAAAUCAUAAAACUAAGUUUUAGAUAGUCGAGCUCACGAUCACUUUAAUGUUCUCUAUUGGUGAAAUAGUGUUUCACUCAACAAAAAGCGGCAUUUUCAGGCAGUCGUGACAAAAUUUCGAUUGAAACAGUUUAGGAAGAUAUCAAACCUAAUUACAAAAGGUAGAAUGCUUGAAAUGGUAUCCUAUAUUGACUUUCUAUGUACUGAUAACAAUGAAGAAGGAUAAUAAAUAUUGCCAAUAUAAUACGUA